UUUAUGUUAACUUAGCAGUAAUCAAAUGAGUUUUGAUCGGUGUUCGAGUGAAUGAAUAAUUUUCUAUUCUAUUCUAUUCUAUUCUCUGAUUCAUACCUGCCACGUCUACUACGAGAAAGGUGUAUACUCACGCAAUGUGAAUGAUUAAUUUUUUUCUUUCAAUGCGUUGGGCUAUUUUUCUGUUACACCAUUGUUGUGCAAUAGUACAAAAAUGAGUAUAAAUAUACCAGCAUUGCAAUACGCACGACAUUCUAUUUCAAAACUAUCUAUUUUACGCAAAAUAAAAUAAAAUAACUCACACACACAAAAAUCAUGAGUCAACCAACAAAAACUGGCAAUGAGAAGGUAAAUGUGCUUCGCAUGUUGAAAAUAUCUGCAACCAUCUGGAAUUUGAUAUAGGUAUUUGGACACGAUGAUCAUAAGCGUGAAUAUCGACAACAACGAUCUGAAUUACGUGAAUUAUAUGGUGAACAAUUAAAACUCAUUGAACAACAAUAUCCGAACUAACCAUCAUUCAAGUUAUUGAAUCUUUUACGAAGACAUAAUGGAGAUGUCGAAAAGGUAAAUUCAAACCACAUAACAAAUAAAAUGAGCCCGCAGGGUCCUCCGACGCGGGAGAAAAGGAGGUUGUUCGCUGCUGGUCUUAACCAGCACAACAUAAAAUACUCACAAAGUGCAGAAGUUCAGAGUUUUUUUGACUUGUGAUGAGGUUAAUGUUUCUGUUAGGUUUGUGCAAUUUUGAAACACCGUUCAUCUCGUCACGCAAAAUUUGACCAGUUGAACCAAAAAUAUGGUGAAGAAUUAACAAAAUUUUUAGAACAAGAAUCAUCACAUUCUUUAGCGUUAGAGAUGCCGAAACGACAACGUUUAUUACGCUUAAUGGAACGUUUCAAUGGUAAUUGGGACGAUGUUCGAAAGAGUUUAAAAAGAAUGAAUAGUCGACAUCAAAAUAAAGAACAAUUACAAGAACAGUACGCUCAACAAGUAGUCGAGUUAGAACAAGAUGGUCUAAAUGUUAAAUGCCCAUGUGUUUAUCGUUUAUUGCAGAAAUAUGACGGUGAUGUAACUAAGGUUCGCGAACAAAUGAAACAUCGUUUGGAUAAAAAAAGCGAUUUCGAAAAGUUGGAAAAAGAAUAUGAAGAACAACUGAAACAAUUGGAAUUAGAUGGUGUUCAUGUUAAAAACAAACGUUUUGUUGUACGUCGUCUCAAAGAAUCAAAUGGUCAAUUAGACAUGGUUAAAAGGUUCCUGUUAGAAAAACAAGAACGAGGACAACGAAAAGCUGAAAAGAAACGUGAUCAUUCAUCACCAAAAGAAGGUGAAGAACAAGGAUGCAGAAAAGAAAGGAAAAUUCGUACGGCCAACAUGAGUAUUGAGAAUUUGGAUCAUUUGAAACAAUUACGUGCAGCUGAUAUACAUGGUAAUCCAAUGAAAAUAUUAAAAAUAUUUCAUGAGGAAUGUAAUGAUUCAGUAGAAUUAACAGCUGAAAUAUGUCGGCAACAUAAAGAGCAACGGAAGCGUGAUCAAAAAGAACGGUUAAAAAAACAUGAAUUAUUAAAAGAAACGCAACAAGCCUAUUUAGCCAUUACAACUCAACAAGAUUGGCCAUUAGAUAUUGAACAAGUUUAUUUAGAUGGCAAUAAUAUGAUGUUUGUGAUUGAUUCAUUACGUCGUUUAUGUUUGAAUCGUCAUGGUAAACAAGCAGAACAUGCAAUUGGUCAAAUAGCAUCGGCAUGGAAUGAAAAGAUGUUAAUUCCACAUAUUAAUUUAAUAUAUGAUUCAACAAAACAAUUAGAAACAAUCGGCACUGUCAUUGUACAAAGUGCACAACCAAAAUAUAAAACAACAGAUGACAUGUUAGUUGAUCUGACUAAACAAAAUCAUGGUAGAAAUGAACAUACGGUUGUUGUUACAAGUGAUCGUGCUUUAGCUGCACAGUUGAAGAAUGAAGGUUGUCAAUUGAUAAAGCCGUACCAUUGGUUUGCACAUUGUGUUAUGGUAUUAACACCUGAUCUUAUUAAACAAGAUCCAAUUGAAAUAGAUACAAGUGUGGAGAGAGCACCAACAGCAAGAAAGUGCGAACAUAAUAAAAAAGGAAAAAUCCAUUAUGAUUUUGAUGAAUUAGUUAAACGUGUGGGAAAUAUUUGCAUAUGA